AUGCCUUUCGAUCCGUCUCCCCCACCAUCCUCAGCCUCCACCUCAGCCAUGAACCCAUCCGCCUCCGCACGCAACGCCCCCAGCCGUGCCUCCAUGUACGACCACCGACCGUACGACCCCCGCCACCACACCCCCGGGCACGAUACGCGUGCAUCGGAGGCGUAUGGCGAUGGUGCCUCGGACUUCAUGAACGAUUUCGACAGCUCCCGCGCCUUGGCGUCGACGUUCUCGCACCCUGCGGGCUCAUAUCUCGCGCCCCAGGCGUACUCCUAUCCAUCGCUCGACAUGAACGGCAUGUCCACGCGCACGCCACACGCGCGUCUCUCGGUGGACCCCGCACUGGUGGGGCCCUCCAGUGCCCCGUUGCAUCAGGGCGGGUCGCCGAUUUACCUCCAUCCAGUCAGUUACGGUGGAUCGACGAGCAGCGGUUACUUUGGCGGCGUUCAACCAUCUUCCUACGCCACCUUCAACAACGAUGAGUGGACAACAUUCCCCUAUGACCCCACAUUCAAUCCCAUGCCUCUUGCAAUGCAAGACUCAGUAUCGCCAUCCGGUAUGGCAAUGACGUCCCUGCAGCCGGAUUCUUGGGGAUUUAAGCCUUUCGAGCCGUCACCACCAUCGAAUGUGCAGAUUACGUCCGUGUCUGUAAAUGAUGCACCGUCUGCUUCUUCACCUCCGGAGAGCUCGCCGCCAUCGCGCUCCGUUGUCUGCCAGUGGGGCCAGAAGUGUGGCGUCCUCUUGGACGACCUCACCGCCGCGGGCAUUGCACGGCACCUCAAGGAGUAUCACGUGAAGACCUGGGACAACCGGUCCCGGGGGCGCUGUGAAUGGCACGGGAGUCCGUGCACAAACACCAUGAUGUAUCACCAAUCCUUCGGGAAGCACAUCGCGUCAGUCCAUCUCGGUGCAACCGCGCGACGUUGCGAAAAGUGCGGGGAGACUUUCGCACGUGCGGACACGCUCGACCGCCACAUGAAACUCUACUGCCGCCAGCGUAGCAAGUAG